AGGCACAAGAAACGGGCACCCGAAAUUGCGUUAAAUCACAGAAAUAACAUAGCCAUAAAUCUCACCCUCCGAUACCAAGAAAUUCUCCCUCUUUUAUUCAGCUAACCUUACAACCCUCCCACAUUUUUUUGUAUCUAUAUCCUCGUCUUCCCCUUCUCUUACAGGAAGGGCAGAGACCAGACAUCAAUCACCUACAACCUCUCUCUCUCUCUCCCCUAGCUACAAAGCUCACAACUUUCACCAUUUCUUUCCGCAAUACGUACCUGAAAAUGGAAUAUAAGCCUUGGCUAAUAUUCCUCCUCCUUGCCUUGGCCGUGGUGGCCGAGUCGUCUACAUUCCAUGCGCCCGACGGCUGGGGUAUCAACAAAGUUGGCACAGGCUCAUGCAAUGGCGUAGUGGGUGACUGCAUUGGCGAGGAGAAUGAGAUGCUGAUGGAUUCUCAUCAUGGCCGAGAUCUUGCGCAGCGCAAGAAGUACAUCAGCUAUGGAGCUCUGAAGGCCAACUCGGUUCCAUGCGGCCGCCGCGGCAACUCCUACUACAACUGUCAAAAGAGGAAAAGGGCUAAUCCUUAUAAGCGCAGUUGCAACGCCAUUACACAUUGUGCCAGGAUCACUGAUUGAUCAAAAAGAAGAAGAUCGAAGAAUAUAAUUAACUGCAUGCAUGCGCGAAAGAGAGAUCAGAAAAGCUGACGAUCAUCAAUAAGAUUUACUACGUAUAAAAACUCUAAUAUUGGUAAA